CCGAGUUCGCCGCGACCCGGAGCGCUGCGGAUACAAAGGCGCCGGGCCGAGCCCACCGGCACUUCGGGGCGGCGGAGCGCCGCUUCAUUUUCUCUGAGAAAAGCCCACUCGUCCAGCAAAAUAGAGUCCCUCAGGGUGACGGUUGACUUCCUGAAGGUGCCCCUUGGCCUGAAGAAGCCGGUGCUGAAGGAGGUGGCUGUGGGGCCCCCCAAAAGGCCCCAGCCUGUGGCCCUGGAGCGCUAUAAGGCGCGGCGUUCAGACGCCAUGGACACCGAGUCCCAGUACUCGGGCUAUUCCUACAAGUCGGGCCACUCCCGCAGCUCCCGCAAGCACAGGGACCGCCGGGACCGGCACCGCUCUAAGAGCCGAGAUGGGAGCCGCGGGGACAAGUCGGUGACGAUCCAGGCUCCAGGGGAGCCCCUGCUGGACAACGAGUCCACGCGAGGGGAUGAGCGGGAUGACAACUGGGGGGAGACUACCACAGUAGUAACGGGCACCUCCGAGCACAGCAUCUCCCACGAUGACCUCACGCGCAUCGCCAAGGACAUGGAGGACAGUGUCCCGCUGGACUGCUCCCGCCACCUGGGCGUGGCGGCCGGGGCCACGCUGGCGCUGCUCUCGUUCCUCACGCCGCUGGCUUUCCUGCUGCUGCCCCCGCUGCUGUGGCGCGAGGAGCUGGAGCCCUGCGGGACGGCCUGCGAGGGCCUCUUCAUCUCCGUGGCCUUCAAGCUGCUCAUCCUGCUGCUGGGCAGCUGGGCGCUGUUCUUCCGCCGCCCCAAGGCCUCGCUGCCGCGCGUGUUCGCGCUGCGCGCGCUGCUCAUGGUGCUCGUCUUCCUGCUCGUGGUCUCCUAUUGGCUCUUCUACGGCGUGCGCAUCCUGGACGCCCGCGAGCGCAGCUACCAGGGCGUGGUCCAGUUCGCCGUGUCGCUGGUGGACGCCCUGCUCUUCGUGCACUACCUGGCCGUGGUCCUGCUGGAGCUGCGCCAGCUGCAGCCGCAGUUCACGCUCAAGGUCGUGCGCUCCACCGACGGCGCCAGCCGCUUCUACAACGUGGGCCAUCUCAGCAUCCAGCGCGUGGCAGUGUGGAUCCUGGAGAAGUAUUACCAUGACUUCCCCGUCUACAACCCUGCCCUCCUCAACCUGCCCAAGUCCGUCCUGGCCAAGAAGGUGUCUGGCUUCAAGGUGUAUUCCCUCGGAGAGGAAAACAGCACCAACAACUCCACAGGCCAGUCCCGGGCUGUGAUCGCCGCGGCGGCUCGGCGGCGGGACAACAGCCACAACGAGUACUACUAUGAGGAGGCCGAGCAUGAGCGGAGGGUGCGCAAGCGCAGGGCCAGGCUUGUGGUGGCGGUGGAGGAGGCCUUCACUCACAUUAAGCGGCUGCAGGAAGAGGAGCAGAAGAACCCGAGGGAGGUGAUGGACCCCCGGGAGGCAGCCCAGGCCAUCUUCGCCUCCAUGGCCCGUGCCAUGCAGAAGUACCUGCGCACCACCAAGCAGCAGCCCUACCACACCAUGGAGAGCAUCCUGCAGCACCUCGAGUUCUGCAUCACUCACGACAUGACGCCCAAGGCCUUCCUGGAGCGGUACCUGGCGGCCGGACCCACCAUCCAGUACCACAAGGAACGCUGGCUGGCCAAACAGUGGACGCUGGUGAGCGAGGAGCCGGUGACCAACGGGCUCAAGGACGGCAUCGUUUUCCUCUUAAAACGCCAGGACUUCAGCCUGGUGGUGAGCACCAAGAAGGUCCCCUUCUUCAAACUCUCCGAGGAGUUUGUGGAUCCCAAGUCGCACAAGUUUGUCAUGAGGCUGCAGUCUGAGACCUCGGUGUGACCGAGCAGCGGCGGCAGGGGGUGCGUGGGCCUCCUGCGGGCGGGGGAGGGCUCGGCUCUCGUCUCCCGCCGCCCUUCGGCCUCCUGCCCCCGUUUACUUUUACUUGAAUUGACCCCCCACCCAUCUGCUCCCCUCCUCCUUAGUUGCCCCACAUGAGCCUCAAGAGGCCACCUGCGUCAGCAGAGCCUGGGAAGCUCGCUCUCUCUCCCCAGCCCUCACUUGGUGUCAUCCUGCAGGAAGCCGUGCCUCUCGCCCUCCCUCUCCCUCUCCCUCCCGGAUGGAUGGCGGUCUCUUCUGAGAGGGGGCGGGGACCCCCUGAGCCCCCACCCUCCCUGAACCAGGUCCUCGUAGCAAUGCGGACUGUGGCCCCAGCAGGGUGUUCCCGGGGCACAGACGUGACUCCAGAGAGCCAUGGUGCCAAACUCCUCCAGGUGGUGGGUUAUCCACUCUUCCUGCCCGCUCAGCCUGCCCGGUACAAACGCUGAGUUCUUGGGGCAGGAUACCCCUGUGUCCCCCCCACAUGGCCCGAGUCAGGGGUCUCCCCGCCACCGUCAUUGGCUUCGGCUGUCAGAGCUUCCCCUGCACAUCCACACAACAUUCAGAGCGAGGGAAGAUCCUACCCUUCACUCCACAGUCUCUACCUUCUGUUUCUGAGUUGUAUGGUCUGUGACCACAGGCAAACUGAGGCAGAAGCCCUCUGUGACCACGUUUCCUGGGCCAUGGGGGACAGUGCCUUCCCUCACUGGGUCCACCCUGGGCAGCCUCUGAGCGAAGGACGGGAGAGACCCGGGGAACAUCACAGAUCCCUGCCCUCCGAACCUACCUGUACUUUUGGUCCCGCCUUGCUGGGGCAGGUUUCCCCUUCCUGCUGAAGGACGGCAAGUAGACAGACGCCAGCCCAGAUUUAGUGGCUUGCAGACCAUGACCCGACCCCCCAAGGUCUGAGACCAACAUUCCCCGCCCCCCCCCCCGUGUGUUUUCUCUCAGUGCCAGGGACCUGUUGCCUCAUCUCGUUUUGGGGGGAGCCAGUAGCCCCCUCGUCCCCUGCCUUAAGCCCACUUCUUUGCCUCAGGGGUCUCUUUUCCUUGGCUGGCCAGGGUGCCCUCCUGUCUCCCUGCCUGGUUCUCUGGGCGCUCGUCUCUCUCAGUGCUGGGGUGAGGGGCCAGGAUUGCCGCCUUCAUGGGUAUCCGUCCCUCACCUUGUUGGGCUUCUGUAGUCUCUACACCCAAUCCGAAUUUUCCAGAGUUUAGGUCUCGUUUUGAGCAAAAUCCACUGGCCUUCUAAGACAUAUUUUCAGCGUACAUCUGAGCCUUUCACUCAGACGUGUUUCAAUUACGUAGUUUUAGCCGAGGGAACUAGAACCUCCAGCUGGGGUCCACGGGGAGGGCCAUUCGCGGCUGGGCUGGAGUGUGCCCUGGGGCCAGGCCUCUGAGUAACUCGCCGUGCCCCCUCUCAGGCCCAUCUUCUGGCAGACUCACUGGUUCUUGCCACGCGGAGUGCCCCAUGAGCUCUGAUCCCCACUGGUCUCUGACCAGGGAGGCUUCCUGUCUGUGUAGGGAUAGUCUGGGCGUGAUGGAGCCUCGUGAUGGCCUUUCCCCCCUUGUUCUCCUUGAAAAAGCACAUCUGUCCACCCACCACUUCCUAGAGAAGGGCUCUUCAGUUUGCGCUGAGCCCGAUCCCUACAGGUGUGGUUUGGGGGCUGACUUAGGCAGUGCCCGAGGGAAAUGCAUCCUAUCCUGGGGGUUGUGGGAAGGUAUCUUUUCUUCUCUUCAAGAACCUGGUUUCAGAGGAGUCCCUCCUGGGUCACAUUUCUAAAUACCUCACUAUCCUGGAAAACGGGGCCUGGAUGGUGGGCAGGAGCGGGGUGUGGGGUGACGGAAGGACCGGGUUGGGGCGGGCAGACGGAACGUAUUUGGGAUCUUCGUUGCGGCCCUACGUUAGGGGCGGGGGAGUGUUUAUUUUCAGAACCUGCCAUGUUUUUAAUCACUGUGAUUUUUUCAUUCCUUUUUCCUAAAACAAAAAGCAAACUUUCCCCCAACUCUCUAAGCACUAAGGGCUGUGACUGAGAACGGUAGUGUUUUGGUCCUUUGCGUCAGAACUGUGGUAUCUUUGUUUUCUUUGACGAUUAUUAUAAUUAUUAUUAUUUUGUAAAGUGUCAGGAUGAGUUGUCAAGUGUUUGGCUGCGUGUGUCUUUGCUUCUCCCACACGGGGAGUUGUCUCCAUGCUGUGAACUGCUGUGGGGCGCGCCGCGGGCCCAGGCCCUUGGCGCACUGUCCCCCUUGCUCCGCCAGUCCCGCCACGCGCUGGGUUUUCUUACUCUUCUCCUGUGGGGGCGCACCUACCUGCGGCCCCCCCCACUCCCCCAGGACACCGGACGUGUGGCUGGGUCUCUGUGACUCCACAGCGUCCUAGCUCCUCCCCACCACCCCCACCAGGCCUUCCUGUCAUCACCUUGGAGCACCCUGGGGAAUGCUGCACCUCAGGCCUUCACCCACCUCGCCACACUGCCGCGUCCCCCCCGGUCCCCUUUCUCUGACACGACCCUUCACGCUCCGUUGACCCUCGCUUAUUUCUUUCUGAUCCUUCGUCGUCCCUCCCCACGCCUGUCCCAUCCGAGCCUUUCAUUUCUUGCUCCGCAUUCCUGUUGCAAACCCCCGAAACACCCCUUCCCAGAGUCUGUGCUUCUCUCCUCUGUGGGGCCCGAGGAGCUCCCUCGCCCCUCCCUGCUAUCUGUCCGUCCGUCCGUCUGUCUGUCUGUCUUCUUUCCCCUGCCCUUCCCCCAGGGCUGCAUCUGCUGAUGGAUUCGGUCCUGGUGUGUGAUUGUUGUGAUUUGUUCUGUGCGCGAAAGGAAGGGGGCUUGUUUUGGGUCCCUUCCAAGUGAGAUUGUAAAUGUAGAAUUUGCCACUGUUGAAUCUAGAUUUUUUUUUUCUUUUCUCUCUUUCUUUUUCAUUUCUUUCUUUCUUUUUCUUU